CAUCUCGGUGAAACUUUUUGUACACCUCCGGACUCGAACGGAGGAACGACUCCCGUCUGCAGACGAUUUCGUCUCUGACGUCACAGUAGGAUACACAUCGAUUCUAGAGCACUCCCUGGAUUACUCGGAGAAAGUACGUAUCGAUCGUACCUGUUUCUCUGUUUCUCACUUCCACACCUGAAGAGGUCAGUGGCCUGAGCAGUCAUCUACCUACAACUGGACACCCACACACACACGUCAGGGAAGCUGUCUCUUUCCACCAAUCACAAGCUACCGUGUUGCUGUCGCGAGACCGCUUCCGGUUCUUGUUUGUGUCGCAGACGCGAAUAGGAGUCGAAUAUUUUUUCCGCAGAUUCGAGUAGCGCGGACGCCUUGGGUCGUCAAGGCUUCUUGGAAACUGUGAGCGAGUGCGUUGAACGAAAAAGGCGUAAAUCCAAACAGUCAAGAUGAGGCCCGAACAGCACGCCAAAAUGGCGGCCGAGAUGAAACAACGGUUGAAAGUUGAGGAGUUGGAGGAAAACAUCGAUGAGUUGGAAGACGUGGUGGAGGAUGUGUUCCCCAUCCUCAUUCUCACCGUCUUCGUCGCCGUCCUUCUUCUCAUCAUUUUCCUCAUCCGUCUGUACCUCCGCUGGUUCGCUCCCAACCCCAGUAAGAACAGGAUGGAUGGAAAGACGGUGCUUAUCACAGGAGGCACAAGUGGUAUCGGCAAGUGUACAGCCAUUGAGCUGGCAAAGAGAAACGCCAGAGUUUUGAUCGCAGGACGGGAGAAGGCGAAAGUCGAGGCCGUGGCCAGGAACAUAAGAAAGAAGACGGGCAACCAACACGUGAACGCCUUGGUUCUUGACCUGGGAAAUCUUCGCUCUAUCCAGGAGUUCGCAGAAGAUUUCAGAAAGGACGAGAAAUAUUUGCACGUGCUCAUCAACAAUGCUGCUGAAGAAGAACGCUCCUUCCCGCAUCAUCAACGUGGUGUCCGACUCCUACAAGCAGGGAGAGCUCGACCUUGACGACCUUGCCAUGAACAAGGGUUACAGCGUUUACUCCGCUUACACGCGCUCCAAAUUGGCUCAGGUCAUGUUCAACCUUGAGUGCCACAAGCGCUACAUCGGCAACUGUGUCUGGUCCUUUGCCGCCCACCCAGGUCCCACUGCCACGGAUCUGCUGAGGAACUACCCUGGUAUGUGGGGAAACGCUCUCCGCCUGGUGUCAAGGAUCAUGUUCAAACCCCCAGAGGACGGAUGUCAGACCUUGGUCUACCUUGCUGUGGCUGACGGACUCCGAGAGUUCUCCGGCAAGCUGUUCACGGACUGCAAGGCUGUGAAGACCAACGAGAAGGUAAAAGCGAACAAAGAAUUGUCCAGUCGUCUGUGGAACGUCAGCGCUCACCUGUGCGGCUUCGAGGGUGACGCCCUCAUGCCGGAAGACGAGCCUGAGGCCACGCCCAACGCGGAAGAGGCAGGGGAGGCCACUGCGGAGGAAGAGAAAAAAUCUCAAUGAGGACGGACCACUGUAUAGGAACCAUUUUUAAACUUGUCAAAAUUUUGUGAAGAACUUGGGGUGCCAUAUUAUUAUAAAAUAUUUCCUAAAAGCUGACAAUUUCACUAUAGAUCUAUACUUUUUUUC